AUGUCCCCCUCUGCUCAUGUUCAAGACCGGCCACGAGCUACGCCAGCCCGACGAUACCUGUCACGGAUUCGAUAUGUUCCGAUCCCCGGCGAAUGGGAACGGGAGCUUCACCCGGGCUGGCCCGAGUCGACUUUCAGAGCACCCGAUCUCGUUCCCGAGGGACACAUCUACUACGUUAGAAAGGGGGACUACGUUCGUCGCGGCGCAACGGCACUGGUGGAGCGGCUGCCUUCCGGUCACAUUGCCAAAACCCCCCUCCCGAACCCGUACGACGCUGAGAAGGAGCAGAGGGUUCGGCGGAACAUGGAGCACGAAUAUGACGUCUAUCGCUUCAUCGGCUCAUGCCCCUUCAUCCCCAAGCUAAUCGACUGGGAUGACGAGUCCAAGUCGUUGGUGCUCGAGGACUACGCCAACGGAGACCUCGAGACGUACCUUCGAAAGCAUGGCAACGCAAGUGUCGACACGCGCCGAAAGUGGGCGGUGCAGGCGGCUCAAGCACUCGAGAGCCUCCAUGUCAUGGGAGUCAUCCACCAGGACGUCACGCCUCGAAAUUUUCUCCUCGACGACAACUUGGACCUUCGAAUCUGCGACUUCGCCGGGAGCUCGUUUCCGGGACACACUGCUUCAACCGGUGCCCCGGGAUCGAGAUAUCAAAUGCGCCUGUGGAACCGAGGGUAUACUCCUACCCGAGCAGAUGAUAUAUUCAGCCUUGGUUCCGUCUUGUACUUUAUCAUGUGUGGCGAGGAGCCCUGCAGCGAUCUGGAUGAGGACGAGGUGGCGCGUCGUUUCGAGAACUCGGACUUUCCGGAAUCUGAUCAGUUGGGCUGCGGCACUGUCAUUCAAGAUUGCUGGCUUGGACGAUUCGCUGCCGCAGAAGAAGCCGUGCAAGCGUUGGUUCACGCCAGGGAGAUCAAUGGUAGCUAG